AUGUCGGUGACUCUGCACACAAACCUAGGCGACAUCAAGUGCGAAAUCUUCUGCGACGAGGUUCCCAAAACCUCUGAGAAUUUUUUAGCGCUAUGUGCAAGUAGUUACUACGAUGGGACUAUAUUUCACCGCAACAUUAAGGGCUUUAUGAUACAAGGUGGAGACCCCACUGGAACUGGCAAAGGGGGAACCAGUAUAUGGGGCAAGAAAUUUAAUGAUGAGAUAAGAGAAUCACUGAAGCAUAAUGCAAGGGGAAUAUUGGCAAUGGCUAACAGUGGUCCAAAUACUAACGGAAGUCAAUUCUUCAUAACGUAUGCAAAGCAGCCACAUUUAAAUGGGCUUUACACUGUGUUUGGAAGAGUAAUUCAUGGAUUUGAAGUUCUUGAUCUCAUGGAAAAGACUCAAACUGGGGCAGGAGAUCGGCCACUUGCAGAGAUAAGGCUCAAUCGUGUAACAAUACAUGCUAAUCCUCUUGCUGGUUGA